AUGCGAUCUCAAGCUUUACGUGGCUUGUUAUUGUCCUUGCUGGCCUUGUGUCAAGGUGUGAAGCUCAAGUGGGUUACAGAGCCGGACAGAGCGCUUCAAAUUCUAAAGUCAACCGGCAAUAAGGGCCAGUUGAUCGAAGCAAAAUUAUCGUUGCCGGCCUGGAGUCCUGUCAUUUCGCUGGAAUCGAUCAAUGAAGAGCAGUGGCGAAGGAUGAAGAUGCAUUUGAUGAAGGUUAUUCAAGUGCUGCAGCCGAUCUCGCAGCUCACGACCAUUUUCGAAAGUUAUGGGCAAAAGGCACUUAUGUCCAAUGCAGUGAUCGACGCAUUCAAGCUGAACGAGGUUAUUGUUGCUUGCUUUUAUAAUUACGUUUUUGAGCGAGAGUUCGAUCCUGAUAAAUUCGCUGAGGUUUGUCACGCGACGUGGGAGUGGCGAAAAGAGAUUGCGCUCAAAGGAGUUGCAGACACAGGCGUCAAGCAGCGUACGGUUGAGUGGUGUGUGGAGGAAAUUCGAAAAACUCCUCGUCUAUAUGAUUUAUUUGGAGAAAAGUGGGUAGAAUCCGAAUAUUACUCACUCAUUUUACAGCCGUUCGUGAUCUCGCCAGCAAUUAAUAUAACGGACAUCGCUGUGAUAAUCAAAGCGUGGGUCAAGACCACAUCUGUGACAGAGCACAUCACUUCGGCAAGUAUACGGCAGUGUAUCUGUAGUGCACAUCCAUUUCCAGUUAUUGAACGGUACUUUCCAUUCGGCGAUGCUGCGAUGAGAAUUGCUCCAAAUACACACAUUCUGAUCCCGUUGGACGAGAUGGCGGACGAUGCGUUCGCUGCUGGCAUUGACUUAACGUUUGGUGCUGGUUCUCGAGGGUGUGUGGGGCGACAUAUUGCAAUGAAAGCAAUGGUGGGGCUGUUCACCGAUAACUUGGUACGCUCAGACAAAUUUCAGCCGAAAUUAAAUCACAGAUACUCGGGGCGCCAUAAUGACGGGAAGGAGACAAUGAAAGAAAUCUGGUAUCAAGUGCAGUAUGUCGUGCGAACGCUAUGCGCUGCUGCUAUGAAUCGAGUCUAG